AUGACCAGAGGCCCUACUGAAACUCUGCGCUUCUCGCCUGCCCUCCACGCCCCGCGCAGCACCAGCAGCGCCUGGCUAGGGGCUGGCGCGUCCCGGCGUUGCCCCGGCAACCGCGCCGCGUGGAGGGGAGGGGCGAGGCGCUGCGUUCCGCGCACCCAGCGGCCUGGGGCCGCGGGCUGCCGGGAGAGAGGAGGGCCUCGGGCCUCGCGGGAGCCCGCCUCCGGGCGGCAGGGGCGCCCCUCUGCCUCCCCCGUGUGGGCUCCCGGGGCAGGCAGUCCUCGCAGCUUCCGCGAGUCUUGCUCGUCUCCACGCGCGCCCCGCCCAGCCUUAAGGAAGCCGCAGGGACGCUCCCCCGAGUGGGCGGUUUCCGAGAGGCGGAGCUGACCCCAUUUCCUUUCUCCGGCGGCCUGAGCCUGAACGGCGACGGUACUCUCUGGCUUCAGACCCUCCCGAGCCAGGCCCAGCGCUGCGCGCGGCCCCAGCGGCGGCAUGGGCGGCGCCCGGGACGCGGGCUGGGUGGCGGCGGGCCUGGUCCUGGCGGCCGGCGCCUGCUACUGCCUCUACAAGCUGACGCGAGGCCGGCGGCGGGGCGGCCGCGGGCGUCGGCUGCGCCCCUCGCGGUCCGCAGAAGACUUAACCAAUGGCUCAUAUGAUGAGAUCCUAAAUGCUGAACAACUUCAGAAACUCCUUUACCUGCUUGAGGCAACUGAGGAUCCUGUCAUUAUCGAAAGAGCUUUGGUCACUCUGGGUAACAAUGCAGCCUUUUCAGCCAACCAAGUUAUUAUUCGUGAAUUGGGUGGUAUUCCAGUCAUUGGAAGCAAAAUCAACAGUCCCAACCAGAGUAUUAAAGAGAAAGCCUUAAAUGCACUGAACAACCUGAGUGUGAAUGUUGAAAAUCAAAUAAAGAUAAAGGUGUACGUCAGUCAAGUCUGUGAGGAUGUCUUCUCCGGCCCCCUGAACUCUGCUGUGCAGCUGGCCGGACUGAGGUUGUUAACAAACAUGACGGUGACCAAUGACCACCAGCACAUGCUUAGCAGCUGCAUUACAGACCUGUUUCACGUGUUGCUCACGGGAAACAGAUGCACCAAGGUUCAAGUUUUGAAACUGCUUUUGAAUUUGUCUGAAAAUCCAGCUAUGACAGAUGGACUCCUUGGUGCCCAAGUGGAUUCAUCAUUCCUUUCCCUUUAUGAUGGCCAUGUAGCAAAGGAGAUUCUUCUUCGAGUUCUCACACUGUUUCAGAAUAUAACUACCUGCCUCAAAAAGGAAAGCCAUUUAGCUAUUCAGCCAACUUUCACUGAAGGGUCACUGUUUUACCUGUUAUAUGGAGAAGCAUGUGCCCAGAAAAUGAAAGCUUUAGUUUAUCACCACGAUGCAGACGUAAAGGAAAAGGUAACAAUGAUACCAAAAUUCUAACUGGUUGGUCAUAUUUUUCUAAAGAGUAAACACCUUAUAAAGGGAUUCUUUCAACUGCUGAAUUUAAACAGUAAAUAUCACCUUUCAUCAUUAACACAGCUACAACUUGCCAUGGUCACCUGCUUUAUUUUGAAGCAUUUUAUUGAUACCAAAUGAAUAUAAGAGCUUGUUCUGACACCAUUUUCUUUGUUUUUAUUUUGCUUUUUGCUAAGCUACUUCAGUUAUUUCCUCUACAUGGAGCGACAGUGACCUUUUUAUGUAUAAGCCACCCUUCCACUGUUGGGAGUGAUUUGCAGUUACUCAUCUGGGACAGCGACAGUAUGUCUCAUAACCGCCCUAGGAAGGACCUUGUUCUUUUAGUAGCAGUGAGAUCCCCCAUUCCCCAGGCCCCCUGCCACUCUGCAUUCAGGUCUGUUCUAAUCAUUAGAAUCUGUUCUGAUCCAUGAAAACUGUGACCUCUUAGGAGAAGUGUUUCCUCAUACUCACCCCGUCCCAUUCAGUGGGCUGUGUAUGACAUAUGGGGAUCAAUCAAAAUCCACCCCAAGGCAGCUGGUUGAGUGAUCUACUCUUUACAGGGAAUGAAGCAAGGCAGAAUGUGCUGAUGUGGAAAGACAUCCACGAAAUAUGAUUGUUUCUCAGAAUACAUGUUGUAGGAAAAUAUGUAUAAUGUGAUCCCAUUUGUGAUUUUUUUAAAUCAAAAAAUUUAUGCUUCUAUGUGGAUAGAACGCUUCUGUCAUUCAUACAUAGGCAUUAUGAUAUAUCUAGAAUGAAAGCCAGACUCCUGAGAAUAGGACCGGGAAGUGAGGAAGUGACUUUUCUAUGUAUACCACCUUCUAGUGUUUGAAUUUUUGACUCAGCAUAAAUUUUAUAAUUUUUUUAAAUACCAAAGAAGAACAUCACAAGAUUAUUUUCUCCCCUUAAUUGAAAGGAGUUUUGUUUAUUCAUUUUCAACUAUAUUUUACAUGACUAAAAUUACAAGGUAUGAAAAAUUCUCAGCAGUUAUUUUUAAUAGUAUUUUUAUCCCAUAAGCUCCUGUAAGAAUU